AGGUGGAGAAUAGUAGUACAUGGUGGAAUAGAUGGCUAUUCCAGAGUACCAGUUUACCUCAAAGCCUCAAGUAACAAUAGAGCAGACACUGUUUUGGCUCUUUUUCGCGAGACAGUUGCAGAGUUUGGCCUGCCAUCACGUGUGAGAUCAGACAAGGGUGGUGAAAAUGUUGAUGUUUCGACAUACAUGCUAAGUCAUGUUCAGCGAGGACCAGGAAGGGGUAGCAUGUUAACAGGUACUUUCCCGUGGGGUUGUUUUUCUACCAAAGUAUUUCUACUUUGAUUUCAUAAAAUUAGGGUAUAAUAACAAGUACCUUUUUUAUUCUGUUUGUGAACCUGUAGGUAAAAGUACUCACAAUCAACGAAUUGAGCGACUUUGGCGGGAUGUAUUUGCAGGAUGUCUCUCCCUGUUUUAUGACCUUUUUUAUGACUUGGAAAGACAGAAUAUCUUACACCCAGACAAUGAGGGCCAUUUAUGGUGUUUGCAUUAUGUUUUCUUGUCCAUAAUUAACAAACACCUGACUAACUGGAAAAAUGCUUGGGUCUAUCAUCCAAUGAGGACAGAGAGAAAUAAGCCUCCUAUGCAACUAUGGAUCAGAGGCUUGCAGGAAGCAUGGGGGUCACAGUCCUUGGAAGAUGAGGUUUUUCAGGUACUGUAUGAAGCUAAUAGACCUUUUUACCGAUACGGCAGCUAUAUUGAAUUAAUUCGAUUUUAGGAUUAUUAUAGGAUGCCCAGGGGGCAUAAGCACAUUUCGUUUGUAUUUUCGAGCACUUUUCGGGACAUUUUUUCUUAGAAUAAGAUUGUAAUGGGAAAAAAGAUCUUUGUGCAGUGUUUUGAUGUAAUAAUGAUCGCCGUUUUCCCGAGAAAUGUACAGUGAAAGACCAUAUUUCUAAUACUAAACUAGAAAAAGGCGAUCACUAUUACAUCCAAACACGGCACAAGGAUCUUUUUUCCCAUUACAAUCUUAUUCUAAGAAAACUUUAAGAAAAAAUGUCCUGAAAAGCACUCAAAAAUACAAAGGAAAUGUGCUUAUGCCCCCAGGGCAUCCUAUAAUACUCCUUAAAUCGAGUUAAUUCAAUAUGGCCGCCGUAGCGGUAAAAAGGUCUAUUCUUGUACUAGCUCAUAUCUGGGGGGGGGGGGGUUGGGGAUGACUCCCAGGUGAGUAUGUUUGUCAUAAAAUUAUUGCUUAGGGGCAAAUAUGAGCAAUGUGGUAUCUUUUUGUAUGGUACAAUUUCAGUUUAUAUUUUCAGAAAUUCCUAAUAUCUUUAGCAUAUUGAAAAAACAAGAGUCUACUACUGCUUUUCAAGUUUUAGAUUAGGCACUCCUUUAUAUCUUGUCCAACCACACCCUUUUUAGAAGACUUUGGUAACUGUUGGGGGUAUUAUUAUUUGAAAAUAUCUGACAAGCAUACCACAUACGUUUACCUCCUCCCCAUGCAAUGUGUGUAUAUUACAAAAUGUAUCAUACUUUGCCAGUAAAUGUCCUUUUAUUGUGAACACAAACUCACCUCCUUUCAACAUAAUAAGUAUUGUCUUCAUGAGCUUUCACACAUAUUGCUUUCAUUUAAGUCAAGGAGAUUCAAAAGAUUAUAAGUGCAUAAAGGGAAAUGUCAGACAGUGAGCAAACUUCAGUACCAUGAAUGUAUACAAUUUUUUUUGUCUGUAGAAUGAGGGUAAUGACUAUGGAAUUGAUUGGAGUGGACCCAUCCCUCAAACAGAUGCUAGUUUGUAUGAAAUGGUUGAGGUCCUAGACACAGCAUGUCCUUUGACUCUUGAACAGAUGGAUUUAUUGCCAACAACAGAAAACAUGAACUAUUUAGAUGGAGUAGAAACUCUUCAACAAAUCCUCAACAUUUUUUAA